AUUUGUGUCGGAUUGUGCAAGUUCAAAUUAGUACGGACUACGGAGGACUCCGUAGUACACAGCCACAGAAGCCAGUCAUAACGCCACUUUCCACCGUUGAGAUUUCAGCAUCGGCCAAGCAUCUUCAACCGAUCAUCAAAUUUGUUUAUUUCUGCAUUGUCUUGGACGGAUUUGAGCCCAACUCACCAACUCAUUCAGUUCCGUCAUACUACAGCCGAUAAUACUCCAAUUUUGUAACUGCCGACUCACCAAAGUUCUUGUUGAUUUCAUCUUCGGGGUUUCAGGUUCUUGUCAAAAUUGUUGAAUUUGUGUGCUAAAUGGAUACUGAAACAACCCCAGAUUUACUUAGUGAUCUACCACUUAGCAUAUCUGAGAUUAUCCUUAGCUUGUUACCUAUAAGAGAUGCUGUUAGGAUGAGCACAUUGUCAACCAAAUGGAGAUAUAGAUGGGCAAACCUUCCACAGCUUAUUUUCUGUGACAAAUGUGUUGGUCCUUCUACGGACAAGUCGAUGGUCGAAAACAGGCUUAUAAAGUUUAUUACUCAUGCUCUUCUACUUCACAAUGGCCCCAUUCAUAAGUUUAAGAUAUGUACUUCGAUCUUGCAAAGUUGCCCAGAUAUUGAUCAGUGGCUGCUUUUCCUCUCGAGGAAUGUUGUUAGGGAACUCACACUUGAAUUAGGUGAUGGCGAGUGGUUUAGGGUGCCAGCUUGUCUGUUUUCUUGCAAAAAAUUGACUCUUUUGGAGCUUUGUCGAUGUGAAUUAGAUCCCCCUCCUAGCUUCAGAGGGUUUUCGAGCUUGCGCACCUUGACACUCAAUCAAGUUUUGGUGACACCUGAAGUAAUUGAAAACCUAAUUUCUAGCUGUCCUCUGCUUGAGAGUUUAACAUUGUCAUAUUAUGAUGGUUUGGACUUGAACAUCGAUGCUCCUAAUCUUAAGUGCUUGCACCUGGAAGGUGUAUUCAAAGAUUUAUGCCUAGAACAUACCCCACUGUUGGAAGUAGUUUCUAUCUCUUUGUAUAUGAACACAGAUGAAAUUCAGGAGCAUUUUGAGCAACUCUCUGGUUGCAAUUUUGUCAAGUUUCUUGGUGGUGUACCUAACCUCAGAAAGCUAACUGGACAUGUUUACUUUACAAAGUAUUUAAGCAUAGGCAUUGAGCAGUGGACACCAUCACUAACUUACAGUCAUCUGAAAGUUAUUGAAUUAAAUCAAGUAAGUUUUGAAGACAUGAAAGAGUUACUGGUUGUUCUUCGCUUGAUUACAAACUCCCCAAACUUGCAGGAGCUUCAGAUCUCUGGUUCAUCAAACACAAAUGUUACACUGGAAGCACCUAACGUAGACUUUUGGGAGACUGAAUGUCCAUCAGGUUACACAUUCAAACGGUUGAAAACCGUGAAGAUGACAGAUAUGUGUGGCGUGCCUCAUGAGAUGGAAUUAAUAAAAAAAUUACUGGGGAACUCACCAGUCUUAGAAAAACUGAGUAUAGUGCCCUGUAUAUAUGUUACAGAGUUAAAAGUGGAUAUGCUGGUAGAAUUAGUAAGACUUCGACGGGCCUCUCCUCUAGCUGAAAUCCUGUUCACCCAAGAAUGAGAAGUGUGCAUUAUUAGAAUACAUCCCCUCACAGAAAUAGGAAAAUCAUGAAACCAUUCUUUUCCAAAGUGUCAUGUAUUUCUGUAUUGCAUGUAAAUCUAUAUGAUAAUGAGAACUAUAAAGACAUAAUUUCUCUCCGAAUAAACUUAAUUUUGAAUGUGCAUUA